GUGCAUGUGUUGUGUUGUGUGCUGUGCUGUUGGGGUCUGGAUGUGUUGUUGACUGCUCUCUCCAUGCAGUGUUCAGGAGUUUGAACUCCCUGUAGCCUCCAGCCAUUGCAGGGGAAAAGAACAUUAAAAGGCAGCCUGGCCAUUACUCCACUGCAGUCUGCAUCUCCUCCACACACACACACACACAUACACAGCCCCACAAUGUGGAAAAUAAAGCAUAAAGGGCUAAAGGAUUUGGACCUGGAGGAUGAAAAACCACAUGAAGUGUGCAAGAGUAAGGAUCCAUUGCUUCCAGAAGAGGCCACAAACUCUGUCUCACAGCUUGCUACAAAGGUUCAAGGAGCAAGUCUAAAAGGUUGGAAGGAAGUAACUUCACUGUUCAAUAAGGAUGAUGAGCACAGACUGCUGACUGACAGUGAGCCUAAGCGAACUGCUGUAAAACUAAAGGAAGAAGUCAAAACGGAGAAGAAAUCUAGCUUCUGGGACAGUUUAGGAAUAAAACAGAAUGCAGCCAGUAAGAUUCCCUUGGAGGCAGAAGGUUGGGAUCCGCAACUCAUCACUGAGAAUCCCAACGAUGAUCCGCCUGACUCCGCAGCCUGGCCUGACUGGGCGAGUGAAGCCAGCAGCGGGUCCAAAUACACAAGCCUGGACAGUGAGGAAAAUACAGGCAGCUCCAGGUGGAGCAUCAUGACAGCGGGGAAGCUCCCUGGAAUCAGGCGACGCAGCAAAGGAAAUCUAACUGAUCUCUGGGAGGAGUUGGAAUAAUGUUCAACACACAGUUCUCGUUUUUAGUCCAGGACUCAGUGCCCCGUUUUCACCUCGUUGCAUUUAUCUGUCUCUUGUAACUUCCUGUGGAGUUCAUCUUGUUGCUUUUAAUUCUGUAUGAUUUUAAUGCACAAGUGAAGAAAUCGGUGCCUGAUCACCACACUUUUGAUUAAGUUGAAGAGCCAAUUAGCCCUUUUCCAUUAUGUGCCAGAAUUAUUCCAAUAAAUGUAAUUAUGUUUUUUUUCAAUCCAAAUGAACUUUCGCUGUAGAUUGUUCCAUCAGUGCUCAUUAUCUGUGACUAUUUGACACCUGUUGAACUGAGUGCCUAAAAGGAAUUCUAUUUAUUUAUAUUUUUAUCAUAGGUUUCGUUUUUCCCUGUUGCUUUCUCUAGCCGUGUUCUUUCCUCCAUCCAGAAGGAAAGGAUGGUUGAGCUUCAGAAUGGUCUAUGGUCUCCAUUGACUACAAUCAGCCAAUAGGUGUGUUUUUGUAGGACUGGACAGUACUUGACACUUUAUUGUCUCUCUCGCUCUCUUUCUUCCCCCUACCAAAGAUGGAGCUCUGUAGUACGUUGCUUUUUCCAGCCUUGUUGAGAAUAAGCAAACACCAUUCAAUAAAGUGAUGUUGAAUGUCCGCCGAAGCUACGAUUUGGGCUCCCAACUAUCCUGUUGUGGAGUUCAAUGAUUCACCAGAUGAGCUCCUGGACUAUGCUGCUUAAACUGUUAAUCUCUAAUGAAUGUGCCUCCACCAUUAUUAUUCCAAACUGAAUAUAAAUAAUUAUUUUAAAGUGGCUAUUUUUGGGGGGGGAAUUCUGUAGACGUUUUUGAUCCUGCAAUAGCUCGAGUCAAAGCCAUUCUGGCUUUGGAGAAUGGUGUGAGAUGCUUCAUCUUGUACAGCUCAUAUUUUCAUAGUAUUAGAGAAUCAAUAUUUUAAAUUCCUUUUUUCAAUGACCCUGAUCCGCAGGCAGUGGCAUAAUAGUAUAUGCGUUGUUUACAAAAAGAGCAGCUUUUCUCUCCUCUUCCUGAAGGCAGUGGCUUAUGCUGUGAACAGAUUGCAGGUGGUGGUGACAUUAAUACUAUUCUACAUGUGUGAGCCAAGUUGGUGUUGAAGCCAUGGUGAUGGUGGUUUCGAAGCCUGAUCAUCUGCUCACUAAAUAAUCAUUUGUACAAAAUAACCAGAUAGAAAUCAGUAGCAGGACUCGAGCCCAAUUUUCUCCCCUCCCAAGCAUUGAGACAUCUAGCUGUGACUUCUGAUUAGUGGAAUCUAGUUUUUUAACAAUCUGAGUCCUGAAUAUUGUCAAACUGCUCAAAGUUAACCCUUCAAAUACUGAAAGCCUCUUGCUUUCAGAUUACGCUUGUAUUUUCUUUUGUAUAAUAUCCACAGAAAUGAUUUUUGUGCAGAUUUGUAAAGAUGAACAUUUUAUAAAAUUCAAACAGAGAAAAAUAUAUAGAACACCAAAUGAAUAAUUCCUAGAAAAAGCUAUUAAAGAAUAAUAGUUUUGUUAGAUUUCAAACACGCAUGAAUGUUAUUCUAGACCCUGCAGAACUAAUUCAUUCACAGAAGGUUCUGCAUAGAAAGAUGUGUGAUAUUAAAUUAAAUCAUUCAAUGAGAAGAUAUAAUUUACAAGCAGCAACGUGAGUCAAUUUAUUGCAGAUCUCCUGUGGAAACAAAUUGAAUAACUCUUGAUGCAGUAUUGUUUGCCCAGUGCAUGUGUUCCAGUUUCAUGUUGUUUUGUUAAAUUUAAAACACUCCUAUUUUAUAGUAAUGAUAAUGACACACGGUGGCCUUUAUCUUGCAUGGAUCAUUGUUCUAUGAAGUAGUGCCAUGGUUACCCCGGCAAUGUGCUGGCUUGAUAGCGCAAGGCAGUUUUGCAGUUACUGUAACAGCUGUGCAGCAUCAGAGGGUUUUGUUUGUGGGACUGACAGACACCGGAGGCAACUCAGUGGCAAUUCCUGCUGCUGAUAACCAACGUUUCUUUCAGCUGCCUAUGAUUUUCAGGGACGUAAUCUAAAAUGGGCCAGUGAUCUUAACAUUGGGAUUUAAAUUUAGAAACUUCUCAGAUGUGAAAUAUGAAUUAUCUGGAUGUGCCAAAGGGAGAUGCACCACCCCCUGGUCUCAAUAUUCUCAAUAGCAGAUUGAAUGCAGUUUUUCACUGCUGAUUAACGCUAUUGCAGCACAGCUUGCUUUUAAGUAGAAAGCUGCGAUGUGGAUAUGAAUGCAGAAUCCAAUUUCUCAGAGAUUGCCAUUGAGACAUGUUGGGGGGAGGAGCAGAACCUCCAGUCCAACUGCAAACUAAACCCCAGUGUCAGUAAAUUCCGCAUUUCACAUAAUGAGACAAUUGGCAUGUACUUUGUGGAAAAACAUCUUCAAUCGGAGUACAAAAAUGUUUGGAAUAAUCUACAAUGCAAGAUAAUUGAGGACAAUACAAUACAUUGGGAUUAUUCAAAAUACCGUACUACUCUAUGAGAUGCUGUGUGCUUUGGUGAGCCCAGUGAUUCAUCCCUGACUUAUGCUGUAUUAUUUUAUGUUUGCCAAAUUUCUCAAAUAAAAUAAAAGAUGGUUAAA